UUUAAUAUUCAGCCAAAAGCUCUUAAACUACUGGGAAUGGAGGAUGAUGAGCCUCCCACCAAAGGGAAGAAGAAAAAGAAGAAAAAGGAGGAAGAGAUUGAUAUUGAUGUGGAUGACCCAGAAGUCAGCCGCUUUCAGUACCCCUUUCAUGAGCUGAUGGUGUGGGCUGUGCUGAUGAAACGGCAGAAGAUGGCUCUGUUCCUUUGGCAACGAGGGGAGGAAUCCAUGGCCAAGGCACUUGUGGCUUGUAAACUCUACAAGUCUAUGGCCCAUGAGUCUUCAGAGAGUGAGCUGGUGGAUGACAUUUCUCAGGAUCUGGACAACAACUCAAAAGAUUUUGGCCAGCUGGCUGUUGAACUCUUGGAUCAGUCCUAUAAACAUGAUGAGCAGAUUGCCAUGAAACUGCUGACAUAUGAACUGAAAAACUGGAGUAAUUCUACCUGCCUGAAGUUGGCUGUGGCAGCUAAACACAGGGACUUCAUUGCCCACACCUGCAGCCAGAUGCUUCUGACAGACAUGUGGAUGGGGCGACUGCGCAUGCGGAAAAACCCCGGCCUUAAGGUUAUAAUGGGAAUUCUCUUCCCUCCCACCAUCCUUUUCCUGGAGUAUCGCAGUUAUGAUGACUAUUCCUACCAGACAUCGAAAGAAAAUGAGGAAGGCAAAGAAAAAGAAGAAGAAAAUGCGGAUGCAAAUGCAGAUACAGGCUCCCGAAAAGGGGAUGAAGAGAAUGGAAAGAAAAAACAACAGAGCCUUCCAAUUGGAACAAAGAUCUAUGAAUUCUAUAAUGCACCUAUUGUCAAAUUUUGGUUCUACACAAUAUCGUACCUUGGUUACUUGAUGUUAUUUAAUUACAUCAUCUUGGUGCGGAUGGAACGGUGGCCAUCAGUCCAGGAAUGGAUUGUCAUCUCCUACAUUGUGACACUGGCUUUGGAGAAAGUCAGAGAGAUUCUAAUGUCAGAGCCUGGCAAGCUGAGCCAAAAAAUCAAAGUUUGGCUCCAGGAAUACUGGAAUAUUACUGACCUGGUGGCUAUUUCAGUAUUUAUAAUAGGAGCAGUUCUUCGCCUGCAGAACCAGCCUUACAUGGGUUAUGGAAGAGUGAUUUACUGUGUAGAUAUCAUUUUCUGGUACAUUAGAGUACUAGAUAUCUUUGGUGUGAACAAAUAUCUGGGACCUUACGUCAUGAUGAUUGGAAAGAUGAUGAUUGACAUGCUGUACUUUGUGGUCAUCAUGCUUGUGGUUCUGAUGAGCUUUGGAGUGGCCCGCCAGGCUAUCCUGCACCCAGACGAGGAGCCCUCCUGGAGACUGGCUCGCAACAUCUUCUACAUGCCCUACUGGAUGAUCUACGGAGAGGUGUUCGCUGACCAGAUAGACCGUAAGAGUAGAAUUCAUACUCCUUGUGGGGACAAUCUUUAUGAUGAUGAUGGUAAACGCCUCCCUCCGUGCAUCCCAGGGGCCUGGCUCACUCCUGCUAUUAUGGCCUGCUACCUUUUGGUAGCAAAUAUCCUGUUGGUAAACCUGCUGAUUGCUGUCUUCAACAAUACCUUCUUUGAGGUAAAAUCAAUAUCCAACCAAGUCUGGAAGUUCCAGCGGUACCAGCUGAUCAUGACAUUCCAUGACAGACCUGUCCUGCCACCACCAAUGAUUAUCUUCAGCCACAUCUACAUCAUCAUCAAGCGGAUCUGCUGCCGCUGCAGGAAGGGUGAUGGAGACCAGGACGAGCGUGACAGGGGACUGAAGUUGUUUCUGAAUGAUGAAGAGUUAAAAAAACUCUAUGAGUUUGAAGAGCAAUGUGUAGAAGAAUACUUCCAGGAGAAAGAGGAUGAGCAGCAGUCAUCUAACGAUGAACGCAUCAGAGUUACUUCUGAAAGAGUUGAAAAUAUGUCUAUGAGGCUAGAAGAAGUGAAUGAAAGGGAACAUUUUAUGAAAGCUUCUCUCCAGACAGUCGACCUGCGGCUGUCUCAGCUGGAGGAGCUCUCCGGCCGGAUGGUGAAUGCUCUGGAGAAGCUGGCGGGCAUCGACAAAUCCGAGCUGACGUACACGCGCUCGCGGGCUUCGUCAGAGUGUGAUGCUGCCUAUCUCCUGAGGCAGAGCAGUGUCAACAGCUCUGAUGGCUACAGCAUGUACAAAUACCACAUUGGUGGUGACGAGCUGACCUAUGAUGACAGCACCACGCCUAUGUCACCUGCCAUGCGUAAAAAAGCUCAUUCUAUUGGUACCAGAGAAGAUGGAGCAGACCCGAGGAUGCUGGUUCCAGAACAGCAAACUGGACUCCAUGCCUCAAGUCCUAAUGCAGUCGCUACAGCAGAUCACAGUAAAUCUACAUUAGAAAUUGCACAGAAUGUUUCCAGACCCCAUUCUGAUUCAGGCAGUUUGGGGAGUGAAAAGCAGGGGGUUUUCAGUAGUGAUGGAAUGAUUCCUCAAAGUGUAAACCAGAUGAAUGCUGUUACGAACAGUCAGUCAGUAGCAGGACCAGAUUUUCAGAACGCUCAGUUAAAAGUAGAACGUACCAAGUUAGAAGCAACCAUCUCUUAUCCCUUGGACAAAUCCAAAGCAAUGCGCUAUUUUCCUCCUGAAACUUUCAGUGCUUGUCAAACCACUAUGAUGAAGUCAAGGAGCUUUAUUUUUGCACAAGGUGGAAAGCUGGUUGGAGGAGUUAACAACUGGACCUCGGAGUACAGUACCAUUAUGGAUCAGGUGUGCCCUUCUACAAUUGAACAGUGGGCCACAGAGUGGAAAUAUGAAGUUGAGCAGCAGCUUUCUCAAGAGCGUCCUCCAGAGUACCCUGGGUUGAUCUCUGAAGCAGAAAGGCAAGCAGAAGAGAAGCAGAUGGACACAGAUGAUGAUAGUAAUGUUGGUGAAGCAGGUAUGAGUGCCUCUUACACCUCUAUGCCUGCCCCUGUCAAGGCUGAGAAGGAGAAUUUCCUGUCAGCAAAGCCAGAAAGGACUCCUGGGUUCCCAUCAGUACGCUCCAAGAGUUUGCACAGCCAUUCCCGGAAAGCCAAGUCUGUGAAGGACAAAUUAAAUAGACCAGGACAUGCCAGCAGUGUAACUAAUUUGGUGGUAGCAUUUGGCAGUGCAACAGAAGAACAGAAAACCAGGCAAGAAAAUGCAUCCACAGAAACUGAAUGUUAAAGUGGCUUGUGGCCCCUGUUUUACCAACAGUUGAGAAAGCAGAGUGAUUAACUGAACAAAUUAGGGAUUUUAAAAUUAAUGUCUAAAGAAGAAUUAUGAAUAUAUGUAUUUCUCUUCUUUUAAACUUAAUAGAUACAUGUUCUGUUCUUAAAUAAAUGCUUGCUGGGCUGGUGGAAGGGA